AUGUUUAGUCGUCACUUUAGCAAAUUUUCACGCCUUAGCGUAACAAUUUUCUUAAUUUUCUUCAACGGAUUCGUCAAUUCAGCGGGUUAUUCCACAAUUGGUGAAGGUCGUCAUACGAUAGAAAACGGGACAGUUACGUUGGCAAAUGGGUCAAGGAUCGCAACCAAAGUGGAUGUAGAUGAGUAUCAAAAUCAACCACGAGCUUGCAACGUGGAAAUCGACGCUGAAGGGAAUAUCAUUCUGAACUUCGAUUGGUUCACUAACACUGCCUAUGAGGGAUGCACUGUAGAUUUGGUUACCGAAAUUGGGGGCGACAAAGAAACCAACGUUGUGGAGUUUACAGUGAGCUUUGAUCAUUAUGGCGAGUCAGAGUUAAACACAUGCAUGAGCUGUGGUGGUAUGAGCGGCAAUAUGUUAAUCUUAUCUAAUUACGUUCAAAAUAAAAUAUUUCUUUUUAGAAUUCCAUUCGUCUUCAACAUAGAUUCUAAUGAGUUCGACGAACUUGUUCAAAUGCCACCAAACGAAUGGCCUUGUCAACGGCCGUGGAAUAAGCUGUGGAGUUCAUCUGAAAUUCGAAUUUGUUAUUCGGGCGAUGAAAUACAAAUAGGGUCGUUUAUAGACACUCCAGGACCUCUGAAUUUUUGGUUUUGGUGUCAUCGGGAUGCUAAUAGAACAUUUCAAAAUUUAAAACAAUUGGACUUUAAUGUGGAAAUAAAUGGAGAAACUUUUGUUGUGAACCAUACGGACUAUAAUUUCUCAAGAUGUAAAAGUGAGAACUUUGCAAAGCCUUUGUGUUCGCCUGUUAAACCCAAAGUUUGGCCUAUUGUGGGAAAUGCUAAGCUGGAAGGAAAAGGCUUGCUGGCCUUCAGUCUUUUGCCUAGAUAUCAGAUUAUAUUUCGCAGAGGAUGUCAUUUUGUUUCUCUGAAAUUUUCUGGUAAAAAAUAUUCUCUUCUGACAACAUUACCUCCAUUACCUCCAAAGCCUCUUACUACAAUGAAUGGAACAACAAUUGAUGAAAUUAUCACUUUAUUCAAAAACAAUGGGGACUUUGAGUAUGAAAGCUCGACUUCUGAUUCAUCAAAAAACUUGACAAAUCAACUAAAUUCGUCCUCUACCCAAACAAACAAAACAUCAAUUAUCGCCAAAAUAAAUGGGACUACAAUGUUCAGCACUUUGACAAAUGAAAUCUCAACUGGCGGAAAUUUAACAAAUGAGCAAACAACUCCAACAGAAGAAACGACAAUCAACGAAAUAUAUUCUGGAACUCCACAGAUCAUCCCAGCCAUAAUAGUUACUACAACCGAAGCAACAACUAUUGAGGAAACAACGUUGUUAGUCGAAACAACAACAGAAGACUUCUUUACAACAACUGAGGAAGCUACGACCGAUGAAGAUACGACCGAAGCUACGACUUAUGAAGAUACUACCGAAGAUACGACUGAUGAAGAGACGACCGAAUAUCCAACAGAGGAAACAAGCAUUCCAACAACCUCAACAACAACAACGAUCGUAACUUCAUCUGAAAUGACCACAACGUUUAUUGAUCCUACAGCAACUUCUGCUUCUCCAACAGAAGAAGAAACUACAUCUACCUCUCAGAUGGUCCUUCCUCCUCUUAAAACUUCAGAAAAUCUUCCUGAAAUAACAACACCAACAACAACAGAAGCAAUUAAAACAACACAACAAGAAGCGUUAACUGCAACUAAAAGUCCUUCAAAAAUUUGGAUUUUUAUUGUUGUGGUUGUUCUUUUGAUAUGUCUCAGUGUAGGUGGAGUCUUUUACUAUCUCAACUACAUGAAAAAGGAAGAACAUUCUGUUGAAGAAGGUGUUAAAAGAGAGGAUAGAUCAAACGAAGAAGUCGACAAAACCGAAAGGGAAACAGAAGAGGAUUCAAUGAAAAUUCUAAAAGAUAAAAAGAAACAUCCAAGAUUUGAUGAAACACAAAGAGAAACUAAAAGGGAAACUACUAUUAAACAAUUAUUUGACAAAACUCAAAGAAGCGAAAGUGAAGAGAAAUCAUUAAAAGAAGAAGAAAAACUUGAUGCAACUUCUAAAACAGUAAGCGAAGAAGAAGUAACUAUUGAGAAUAAAACAUUGCUUUCUGUUUAUGCAUCACAAACUGGAAAUGGUAGUAAAUUAAAGGAAGCAAAAGUUGAAGGAGAAAAAUCAAAAAAGGAAGAAGAAAAGAAGGUUGAAGAUAAAAAUAAUAAUAAAAAUAGUAGUGUUGCACUUUGA